UUAGGUAUCUAAACGCGAUGAUGAAUUUAUAUCAGAUGCUGAAUCAAUGUUUAUUAUUUUGUAUAAUUCUGUAUCCGAUUAUAAAAUUGAAAAACCUCUAAAAAACCAAUAAAAUAAUAUUUUUUUUUAAAUUUAAAAGUAGUGCUCUUUCAAUACGUUUAUAGCUGUACAUGAAAACAUUUAUUUUAUUCGGUAAAAUCUAACUAUACCAAAGUGUAGCCAGUUAAAUAGAUCACCAUGUACGUGAAUAUACUAUAUAUAUACCUACUUAUGUACUGACUCUGCACACAGUUUCGCGGGAUAAUUAAAUCGUACAUGUUCACGCUGUCUAUACACAUUAUACUUACAUUACUUACUUACAUUUUAUAUUAUAGUCGCAAGGGUCGGUGUACCAUGUCGUUAUUAAUACAAUUCGUGAUGUGCACGCGUUAUGCCAUAUUACAUUAUUCACAUAGGCGGUUGCGUAUAUUGUUGUGAUAUAAAGAUAAUAAUAAUAUAAUGAGCGGUUUUCACCGAAAAAUCUUCCGGUGUCAUCGGGCUUAAAUAUAGUCAACACUAAGGGAAUAGGUCUCAUUCAGGCAGAAGUACUGCUUGCUCGCAUUUCGUCCACUAAACAAAAACAUGAAGGGCUCUGCAGUUAUUACGUCGUACGUUUUGCUGGGUAUGGUCACGUGGUCGCAGUGUUUGCCGUACGGCGAAUACCAACAGGCCCAGUCGUUCGGAGUCCACGAAGUGCACGAACCGUCGUACAACGACGGCAACGGCUACCCGCACCGGCCACAACCAGCGGCGGCGCAGCUAUACAACCAUCACCUACAGGUGCAGGACCAUCACAAGGACCAUCAUGACGACCAGCACGAGGACCAACACGAGCCGGCGCACUAUUCGUUCCACUACGACGUGCACGACCCUCACACGGGCGACGUGAAGAGCCAGCACGAGACGAGGACGGGUGACGUGGUGACCGGGUUUUACACGCUGGUGGAACCGGACGGCACCAUCAGGACGGUGAAGUAUACGGCGGACAAGCACCACGGGUUCAAUGCCGUGGUGGACCGCAAGAAACCCAAUUUCAACGUCGGUACUUUCAACUAUCACCACAACAACCAACCACAACAACAUCACUAUAAGUGACAACGUCUUGCGGCGCAGCACACAAACACUGCACGUGAGCAAAGUGACUAUACCUAGUGAUUGCCUGCAUCUAAGGGGAGGAUAAUAUAUAUUUCCGAUUAUAGAGUAGGUACCUGUCCAAAAACGAUAUGUUUAUACUUUAUAGCUUCGCUCGUACGUAAAAUCAAAAACACCUUAUUUAACUCUAAGACUUACAACUAUUUGACUCUCCCUCCCACCCAAUCAUUUACACGCCAAAUCACAUAUUUUAAAUACUGUUUUAUAUAGAUUACAAUACGCAUAUUUAUGUAAAUAAUGUAAAAGCCCCACUUUAUAACAUGAAAUACCAAAUUCAAAAUUACGAAUGACAAAUGCGUAGGUUUAAAAAUAAUACAAUCAGAGGGAGAUGACGUUACUCCGGAACUUGGCCAUUUAAAGUAACCCGAUAAAUUAUAUACUUCUAACGGCAUCCUAUAUAAAGCGUUCCCCUUCCCAUGAUCUUAAUCGCCUGUAUAAUACACUUAUAAUUAGGUUUGUAUAAUAUUUAUCUCAUAUUAUUAUAUAUUGUAGUAUUGCUUUUUUCGGUUGUAAAUAAUAAUUUUUGUCUACAAUAUUGUUUCAUCUGUUAUUAGUGUUUGAUACAUUUUUAAACAAAUAUAAUAAUUACAUUUUUUUUUUACAAGCUAACAUUUUUAUUAUCUGGAUAUUUCGUAAACUACAACACGAUAUGUCCAAAUCACACACGAUUUAUUCGUCUUAUUGCCACAGCACGUGCAGCACCCGUAAUGUAGUCAUAGCGGAUGCACAUGCACCUAUAAUAGGUAGGUGGGCUUGACGAUGAUAUACCACACAUAAAAUAGUAGUCUAAACAAGUGCGUAAUAUUCGAGUUUGGCAUACAUACGAGCAACCGUCAUCAGGAAACGCGAACAACCCCGAUUUUCCCCAAAACCAUGCCAACACGAUCAGCACAAGAAUCGCGUGUACAUUUAUAUAUAUUAACAUAAGUGGCAUCUAUAUAGUGCGAUACCCAAUAUCUAAUCAUUUAUAAUUCUAUAGAAGAUACUAAGAUAGAUGAUUCGUAUACGGUAAACUCUAAACCGGCUGAAAUGCGACCAGAACGAUUGUUUGUUGCGUAUUCGGUGAAUAUCGAUUAAAGAUUAGGUACCUAGGUAUUUAUUAUUUGGUAGUCGCAGAGUUAGCUGCAUUGUUCCAACUUAACGCUUUUUAAACGUGUUAUGUUUAUAUAUUUAAGUUACAAACGUAACUAUAUAAUGAGCAAGUAAUUAUACCUAUGCAACAAAUUGUUAUACUACACAAAAAUUUUCCAUUUUCAGAGGAAAUAGUAGAAAAUAAAAAUGGACAUUCAAAAUAUCUACGAAAAAGAACAAUAUAUAAUAUGUAGAAUAACAAUAAAAAUAAAAAAGUGUACCUAUAAAAAAUUGAAAAUCGACAUAUUUCAUACUAUUUACGGUUAAUGUAUUAUUUCUGUAGCAGAAGUAUAAAGUCGUUACAAGUGUGAAAAUUGGUUUUUAGCGUUGGUUUGUUCCAAAUAUUUAUUCGAAUACGUUUAGGUAUAAAGGUUAUAUUAUCGAGCACAUUUUAUAAAAUUAUCAACAACGACUUUCGACUAGAGUAUGUACGACGGAAUUGUUUCGUAUGCCAACAUGUGAUACGUUAAUUCACAUGACUAUUUGAAUGCGUUUGGCUCGUCGUUUUAACGAAAUAUAUAUACGGUCUCGUGUCGUCAUUUGUUUGGCAAUACACAAACUCAAAGCAUAUAAUAAGUGACCGAACCGAUUUUGUUAAGAUUUUUAAAGAAUUGACCUGCACCCACUGAGCUGCAGAUGGUUAGUAAAUAUUCGUAUCGGAAACCCCGAAAAACGCCCAAUAUCGUUUUAAAAACUAUUACCAAACAACAUAACUGUACUUUUAUGCAUACCUAAUAUAAUAUAUAGGUACACCAUCAUAUAAUCUUAUUUAGGUACAUCCUAUACAAGCCACUACCCGUACGUGAAUUACAGAUUCGUGUCAUGUGCAAUAUGUAUAAUUAUGUUUAUAUAUAUAUAAGUGUACAGUAAUUAAUAUACAAUACGUUAAUUACAAUAUUCUUAUACAGAGUGGUUUAUAGAGUUUGUUCCCGUCAGUAUCUUUUUUAAAUAAAAUUUAAUAUUCUAUAACAGAUCCACGCAACUGUUGACAUUAAUUAUACAUAAUAUUAUUGACAUACUAAUAAUUAUUGG